GGCGGCCAAUGAAACGCCCGUUGUCUGACAGCGUCACAGGACAUAAUCAGCCUUCACACCUUAAGUUCCAGCCACCUGUACAUGCGUCGUACUGCAUGGGUUCGCUUCUACACGUGGACAGUGUGAGCUGUUGCACAGUGGAGGCCAGCAGGGGGCAGCAGCAGAGAGCAGGCCUGCAAAGAGCCGCUCAAUGGUCCAAUUAUGCUCCUGUGGGACUUGUUAAUCCCUGGCAGCAGACUACCAGGUUGCCGUCGCGUUGACUUGGUGCCUCGUCAGAGAAGGUGCGCGUGGAUUAGAAUACCAUUGUACAAACUCAAUGAAUGCCCUCUCUGUAAUACGGAAUAAUGGAAGGUCUUGAUGCUUUGUUUGCCAAGUAAAUCUGCGUCAAAUGUCCGCCGGCUCCGUCAGAUCUCGGGCCAAGCGAGCAGUUCCAGCAGCCGUUCCCGUGUGUGGAUGCGUGGACGCCGGCUGCAUGCGUAUCAGGGACCCCAAACACUCAGCGCACGCGCGCGAGCAGCCGCCCCGCUGUGCUGAACGUGGGGAUCGGCCUGAGCCUCGCUCGCGGCCGGGGACCCGGACUUGUGACUCCUGGACGCAGGCGUCUGAAGCGCACAUCACCUCAGCUCAACAUAGUGGAACAGAUUUCCUGACCCACUUAUGGGCUGAGAACGUGAAACGUGUCAGGAAUUAUAGUCAAGUAUUAAAAAGAGACACUGUUCUGGCUUGAAACCUAACAGCAGUAAAAGAUGAGCUGUGUAUCUGUGUGGGAUGUAAAAGGACACUAAUUGAUUUAAGACUAGUCAGUGUAAAAGCAAUAGAUCCAAUAGUUAAUCAGAAUCCAAUUGUUAUUUUUACUCCAUCUAUUUUUUGUACGCAUUCAUGUUUUACUUUCAUGAUGAAGGCUUUUAUCCCGCAGUAAGGCCUGGUAUGUGAAUCCACUCAGCCGCCCUUUGUCGGUGUCUCCGCUCAGCUACAACUGCGGGGAUUAAAUGGAAGCACAUGAUGGUUCGGCCCCGUGAUUUCUCUGAGAGCUGGAGUCGCGCGCUCAUUCCCUCCUCUUCCUCUUCCUCUGCGCGUCUCUCCUCCUCGCUCUCGGCCCGCUCCGUCAUGGCAUCCCCGCGGCUGGAGACCUUCUGCUGCCCGAACCGGGACGCGGCCACGGACUUCGUGGUCACCUUCCAGCCCGUGCUGUUCGGCGCCCUGAGCCUGGGCAGCGCCGCGCUCAGCCUGGCGCUCGCCGUCGUGCAGAUCCUGCCCAAACGCAAGGCUUUCAGGAGACUGGGCCAGUACCCGCUGCCGCGGCCCGCGUCCUCCUCCAGGAUCCUGUUCAUCAUCAGCGUUUGUGACAUUCUGGGAUGCGCAGGUAUCGUCGUCAGGUCGUCGGUGUGGCUGGGCCUGCCCAACAUCAUCGACAACAUCUCCCUGGCCAACAGCACCGAGGCGGCGCCGGAGGUCUUCUGCGUGGGCAGCGCCAUGUGGAUCCAGUUGUUCUUCAGCGCUUCUUUCUGGUGGACCUUCUGUUACGCCGUGGACGUCUUCCUCGUGGUGAAAACGUCUGCAGGAAUCAGCACCAUUAUCCUCUACCACAUGAUUACAUGGGGCCUGGCCAUGCUGCUGUGUGUCGAAGGAGUGGCCAUGCUCUACUAUCCGUCCAUUUCUGACUGUGAGCGGGGCCUGCAGCACGCCGUCCCUCACUACGUCACCACCUACGCACCCAUGCUGCUCGUCUUCGUGGCCAACCCGGUCUUCUUCAGCCGGACCGUGUCCGCAGUGACGUCUCUGCUGAAGCGGCGACAGGGAAUCUACACGGAAAACGAGCGGCAGCUGGCCAACGAGAUCAAGAUGCGCUUCUUCAAAAUCAUGCUGGUCUUCUCCAUUUGCUGGGUUCCCAACAUCAUCAACGAGAGUCUCCUCUUCUACCUGGAGAUGCAGACAGACAUCAACGACAUUGGACUCAGGAAUAUCAGAAACACAGCCCUCAUUACAUGGUUUAUAAUGGGCAUCCUGAACCCCAUGCAGGCCUUCCUCAACACGCUGGCCUUCCACGGCUGGACCGGCCUGGACGUGGACCUCAGCCUGCAGGGCCGGAGGGAGCUGGCCUGGGACUCGGUGUCCACCUCCGUGCCCAACUCGGCCGGCCACAACCCCAUGGUGGGCACCACGCUGCUCCACCAGAGCCACAUCCAGGAAAGCAAGAAGAUGAUGGGCAACGGGCACCCCCACUCGGACGCCAUCAGCGUCCUCUCUGAAGGUUCAGAGUCUAGUACAGUUGAAAUCCACAUUUCCAGUGAGCUCCGAGACUAUGACGAUGUAGACGCUGACGGAGAAUCGUUGGAGAACUCUGUGAGGCACUAGCUGGGGUCGUCCACGUCCCGCUUCGCUCCACAUUUACUGUGUGACCUGGUUAUUUUUAGAUUAGUUUUGUUUUAGAUUAGCCUCCAUUGUCCUGGUGAGACUUUGCCAGAAAUGAACUAGUCACCAGAUUUAAUUAGCUGCUAAUUCACAAUAAGUCUGCUUCUUAAUUCCAAGCCUUUUCUUUUCCUUUAAGCUUUUUAAAUCUGUCUGCUGCACAGUUUUACACUACAGAGCGAUCGGCUGUACAGCUACUGAGGAGCCCCAGAGCUCGUCUGCUGUCUACUCGGCAAACAAGAAGACGACUUUUGUUUGGAGCUCACGUCUUAACCGUUAGAAGUGCCUUAAGUGCUAAAGAAAACAUUUCUCCUCGCAAAUUCUCAGAAUUGGACGCACACUGGGUUUGAGAUAUGCACUCGUGAUAAUAGGCUCCCAAGGCACAAAAGAAUCUAAUAAGCUAAUUAGUGUAUUUAAAAUAAAAAAGUUUCUUUGUUUUGUAUUCUCUGUUUUAUACUAUAUUAAAUGUCAAACAUAUUUCUUAAGCUUUUGUUGG